CCCUGGGGACCCACCCUGGGAAACAGGACUGCAGCAAGAAAAGAUGGGGGACCCAGGGUCCCCACCCCCUCCAGCCCCCAAGGCUGCCUUGGGCUUCGUGAACAGCUGCUCUGAGAUGAACAACUACCGGCGGGCCAUGCAGAAGAUGGCGGAGGACAUCCUGUCCCUGCGGAAACAGGCCAGCAUCCUGGAGGGGGAGAAUCGCCUGCUGAGGAGCCAGCUGGCCCAGCAGGAGCUGGAAGAUGGGCAGGGCAAAGCCCACGAGGCCCAGAGCCUGGUGUCCAUGAAGCAGAAACUGCUGCUGAGCGAGAUGGACAUAAAGAAACUGAGGGACAAGGUGCAGCAUCUGCAGAAUGAGCUGAUUCGUAAGAAUGACCGCGAGAAGGAGCUGCUCCUUCUGCACCAGGCCCAGCAGCCGCAGGGGGCGCUGCUGAAACGGUACCAGGACAAGCUGCUGAAGAUGAAGGCGCUGGAGGAGACCGUGCGGCACCAGGAGAAGGUGAUCGAGAAGAUGGAGCAGGUGCUGGAGGACAGGCUGCGGGAGAGGACUGAGCCGCCGCCUCCCAACAGGCGACCCUUACCCAUGCUCUCAGCCUCUGGCCUUCCCCUGGGUUCUACCAGAGAGAACCUGCCAGGUGACCUUUACUCAGUGCUGCUGGCAGAAAACUCAAGGCUGCGGGCAGAGCUGGACAAGAACCGCCACCAGUCGGCCCCCAUCAUCCUGCAGCAGCAGGCCCUGCCGGUGGACCCCGGGGAGUUGGGAGCAGGAGGAGACUUGGCAGAGAGGCUGCAAGAGACGGAUGGCCCAGGCCACUCCAAGGGCACAGAGACCCUGCCCACACAGGAUCUCCUCAGCAAUUCUUCAGACAAGUUUAACCUCCUGGCCAAGCUGGAACGAGCUCAGAGCCGGAUCUUGUCCCUGGAGAACCAGUUAGAGGAGUCAGCUCGACGCUGGGGACGAGAGAAGCAGGACUUGGCCACACGGCUGCAGGAGCAAGAAAAUGGUUUCAGGCACCCCUCAAACUCCAUCAUGCUAGGACAGCCAAUUGCCUCCACCCAAUCCAAGGACCUCAAGCAGCCCCCAAAACUGGAGCCCGUGAUGCCCAGCUCGGACACUAAGCUCAGCAAGGCCUCAAGCUCCCAGGAGAUUCCUGACUCUCAGCAGGCCUGAGCACUGAGCAGGCCUCUUUCCUGUGUGUUGGACAGUCUCACCCCACCCCCGUAAAAAUGACCUUAUUAUAAUAAACACUGUAGCUCCAUGUGCAUCCACCUCUUUCCUGGAGUGGGGCAGCCUGGGAGCCAGCU